AAACUUCAAUGUAGACUGCAUAAAUGAAAUACGUAAUAAUUAAUCUUUAUAGUAUAGAUAAUAAUUCUUUAAUUUUGUCAUAUCCUUAAUAAAUAUCUUUGAGAAAAUGAUCUUUAAAACAUUAUAAGUUUAUGCAACAUAGUGUAAAGUUACAUAACCUAUAUAGCAUUUAAAUUUAGGUGAAUUUUGGUAAAGUUUUGGUAUCGUAUUUUUUACUUUUGUCAAUAAAAAACAGUAAAAGAUGAAUUCAAUACCUCCCACUAAACCUCCAAGAGGUAUUAAACCAACCAAAGAAACGAGUGGUUUAUUGAUCUCUGUAAUUCGAGCUUUGUCAGCAAGUGAAACUAAUGAACAACGAGAGAUAGAAAAAGCUAAACUUGAAAAAGAAUAUAAGAAAAGCGAUCAAAGGCUUGAUGAAUUGGUAUCAUUACAUGAUCAGGAUCUUACAGAAGUCAUGCAAAUAUUUAGUGCUUUAUCAGAAAAGGUAACAGCAUCUCGGGAAAAGAUUCAUGCGGUUAAAGAAAAUUUGAACGCCUGCAAGCAAUUAUUGAGGUGUAAACGAGAAGAAUUAUUAAAUUUAUGGCUUGAGGGCAUUGAGCACAAACAUGUGCUACAUCUUUUGAAGGAUGUGACUCCUGACUCUUGCACCAGAAUGUUACCUUUACCAGAAUCAGACACACUGUCAGUAUCUACGUCAUAUAAUGCAGCAUCAGAUUGAUAGUUACUAUAUUUAUUUCUAAUAACCAUAAGUUUAAUUAAUCGUAAUUUAAUUAUUUUAUAUUUAUAAAACUGUACAAAACACGAAAUCAAAUAAAUAAAUUACACAGAUUUGCAUUAUAUAAA